GUGUCGAUUUCCGUAUAAUUUAUUCUGUUGCCGCAGCGCUCGUGUUCUGUGGCAUAUUUCUGUGAAGUGAACUAUCAAAGUCAGUUAUUUUUCUAAUGGCAAUUUCACGGCCAAGUGAUGUUCGGCGGAUCUCAUCAGGAUUCCAACUUGUGCAGCGCCACUGUGAUGCACGGGAACUUACGACGGUGCUUAUCAUGGACUACGAUGUCGACGACGAUGCCUUGCGCGAUUUGGAAGCGGGUCUAUAUCAUCAACGGCGUCAUACCAGACAUGCGUCCAACUCUGACUCUUGGUUGACCAACAUAAAGAACAGCUUUACACGACCCGCCCUUGGCAUUGUUCGCGACCGACUCUCGAGUCACGAGGGUUGUCUAUCAGUCCACGCGGAAGAUGUUGACGACGAUAUACACGCGCACGACGAAGACCUGACCGGGAUGAAAAUUAUGUUCCAGAUGGAUAGCUGUUCGACCGACUUUGUAGCUCAUACGAAAUGCAGUGAACAUUUGAGAGUUUCUUCUGUCUCCCCUGACAAUAUCACGCCCCAAAAUCAAUUCUGUUCCGGAUCACCUAUUUCAUCGUGUCCUUCUGCGGUUUCAAGCAAUACUCCUCCACUCACUCCGGAUUCUUCAGUUGGCAUCCUGCAUUCCACGUCACUCGAGAUCGCCAACUCCCAGUUCAACCCUUCGUUCUCUUUGCAUAUUUCUCGCAAGACUCCGACACCAUCCCUAGAACCUGAGCAUGCCGCGGACAGACGUUCUAUCAAGGAAGGACAAAUGCUGGAGCGUCCGCGAUGCUUCGACAAUCUUAUAGCGGACAUCACCUUCGACUUACCCCAAGGUGCGCAGCCGCCGUGGCUAGAUGCCGAAUUCGAGGAAUGGUACUGGCUUGAAUAUACACUGAAACCCGACCGCGGUGAUAUACGCUCCUCUGCAAGCAAGCACCGUCCAGCUGGAGAGCCUCUCGAUAGCUGCGGGUGUUCUAUGACACUCCAUCCAUGCUCAGUAUAUCCUCCGUUUCAUAAGGCGGAAGAGGAGGGAUAUUCCCACUGGAAACGGAGGCAUAGAUGUCGUGAAAGAAAGCAGACGCGACGAAGACGAGCAAUGGCCGGCCUUCUUUCAAAGUCGGAUGAACUUGGGUGGAUUGAUGCGGACGAAGUCAGGACAGGGUAGAAGGUGCGUUGAGCUCGACGGUUUACAUUUCCAGACGUAAUGUAGAGCCUCCAGGGAGGUGGAUCAUCCGACGACUGGACUUGUUAUCUGGAACACCUCUUACUAUGGAUGAUGCGACGAAUCGACCCACAGUAAUGGAUGAAGCUAGCACGACUCGGAUAUCCUAUUCAUCUGCGAAACCUGAGCCCCCACUGUAUAACUCAGACCAAGGGUCGAUUUUGUGGAAUACGCCAAUGCGGAAGUUUGUCGCAGUUAUGUUUUUUGUGUAAAAACAGCUUGUACUGCAUUCGUCGUAGAGUUCACACCUGUGUCGAAUCUACAAGCUUGCAACCGUCCCUUGCAUGAACCCUACAGACCGUGUCUGACACC